AUGCAGCUAGCAACCGAGCUGAACGUCUCAUGCCUCAAGGGUAGCAAGUACAAGGUCCAUCAAGGCACGCUAGCAGAUGCCUUCGAUGAGAAGACCUUGAAGACUCUGACAGAUAAAUCUGACAGCUUUGGAGUCGAUCGAUUUCGGACGGUUGGGCCUCGAUCGAGGAAUACGGUGCGGCCUGAAUGCUAUGGACAGCAGUCCACGCGCUAUGAGUUGAUCAUUGCCUUCGCCGCUGGACCGUGUGUCGUGGGUCGUGUUUCGACACGGGUCGCUGGGCGUUUGAUUUCACCGGAGCGAUGUGCUGGCCGUGAAUGUCUUCUGCAUGGCAUUGGAAAUGGAGCUGAGAGGUUUCGCACAUUUUCAAAGGCAGACAAGUUCUUUGCUUUCUUCUUCGUCUUUGACGUGCUCCUUCGCGUUUGUGUUCUUCAGUGCCGUUUCUUCCACGUGUGCUUGAACUAUGUGGACAUCCUGGUGUCCCUGACCUCCCUGGCCGAGGAGCUCAGCGGCACCAGUGGAAGCAUGCCGGUGAACCCGUUGAUUUUCAAGCUCUUGCGCUUAGGGAAGCUGGCAAGGGCUAUCCGGAUGAUCACCAUGAGCCGCCCGGAGGGAGACACCACAAAACAGAAGGGUGCGAAACUGACCGACCGCGGUUUUGCCGUCGCCUUGCAGAAACCGGAAUUUCGCGGCUUAGGCCGCUCUGUGCCACCGUCCCGUCCGAAGCACACGCCGAAUCGAAUCACUUGCCCAUGUGGACCGGUGCACACGUCCGAUGGCGCGACGGAUGGCGGACAUGAGGAUCCCCUGGGGCCUUUCGAGAUCAGGGAGGAGGUCUUUCGUUACUAUGGUUCCUUGGUCAGCCUGAUGUACGUGGACUCGGACCAUGCUUUCAAUGUGCCGACGGCAGGGCUGACAGUGGCAGUGGCCAUGACAUGGAAUCGCCAUGACGAGGAUGUGCUUCAGUGGCUUGUGACCGUGCGUCAACGCUUUCUGGAUCAGCGUUUACAAGCCCGAUUCUUCCAAGUGGGCUCGAAAGCCGGCGGUGCAACGUCCGUUCUCCGCCAUUUUGUGUGGCUCUUCGGUGAGUCCAGCAUGUCUCCAAAGGAUGAAGAAGGAAGGUGUUUGAAAUUUUAUUUGCGAACUGGGGCCCUCCAUGUCGCAUCUUGGUGGACCAUGUGCAUGAAGCCUUCUCAAUUUUUUUCUUGGUGUACCGAUGUGUCCUUGGAUUUGCGGAACGCGGUCUUCGUCCAACAGACCCUCCGCACCGCCAAUUCGGACGAGGAACACCGCGUGUGCGUGCGGGAGGUUGACAUGUUCCUGAUUUGGUGCGUGCGGGAGGACUUGGCCUUCCGGGAGAAGCAGAGGGAUAUUGCCUCGUACACUCGAAAGGCCGAACGUCACGACGUCCGAUCCGGAUGGACCGAGCGCCAGAUCCGGAAGCUUUUCCAGACCAUGGACACCAGUGGAGACGGAACCAUCAAUUAUGAGGAGUUCUCCAAGUUGGUGAGCGAUCCAAAGUUGAACUUUUGGAUUGGACAGUUGGAGUUGGAAUAUCACGAUCUCAUGAGCCUCUUCGAGUUUUUGGACAAUGGCGACGGAGAAAUUACCUUUUCGGAGUUCAUCGAAGGAGCGACGCGGCUUCGAGGUCAGGCGAAGGCUUUGGACAUUUGGCGCAUGGAGACGAAGGUGGAGGUUCUCUUUGAGGAAGUUCUGAACAUUUUGGCCGGACCUGGACAAGGCACCCGACACAGCCGGUGA